AUGCUUCAAGAGCCUCCAAUCCAAAUACGAGUCAAUGAACUGCAACACUGGACCACCGAGGGUGAAGCAGUUGACAUCAUUGAUAGACCAACUGUUGAAGCUCAUGUGGAGCUUGCUGCAAAACCAAGUAGUGCAUGUGAUGUCCAUACUCUCAUGCUUGCUCUCAGGUUCCCUGAGUUUCCCAUCAUGAUCCAACAGUUUCUGUACGACCAACUUCACCUUACUGACCAUGAGCAUGCCGUGUUUGACCCAGCCACAGCCCCAGCUUUCAUGGGCCACAUUGUGAUAUAUAGUUCAGCAGCUGCCUCAUUCUAUGCCCCCAGUGACCUCAGUGGCACUGGAGGCAUGCGACAUGAGCACAUUCGGGCAACAACCUCAUGGCGAGGAGGUCCUGCCCGGAAUGAUUGUGUUUUCAUUAGUAUGAAUGAUGAGUGUGCAGUCAUUCAGUGGUUCUCAUACAUCACUGACAGCCGUGAUCCUGACACAGGGAUGUAUAUUGUUGUACCCUCAACCAAUGAUAAUGGCACACCUGAUGUCUCAAUCAUACACAUUGAUUGUAUAUUCCACAUGGCUCACCUCAUCCCUGUCUAUGGCAACAACUUCAUAUCUCGCAAAAUCACCCUUCAUAACUCCCACAACAUGUUUUGCACCUUCUAUAUCAAUAAAUAUGCUGACCACCAUGCAUUUGAGGUUGGGUAA